CAGAUUUCGAGUUAGCGGCAUUUUUAUUUUUUAUUUUACGCGCGUUGUUUCUUUUUUUUCUUUUCUUCUCUCUCUAAUGAGAUAUUUUUCUAAUACAACAGGUCACAAACGUAUUCUAUCUUUCUCAACACGUACAUUCCAUACUUCUCUUGUUUACAAUAUGAUUGUCAAACCCGUACCUUGUCUUAAAGAUAAUUAUUCAUAUCUUUUACUCGAUGAAAAAACAAAAACAGCUGGUGUGGUCGAUCCUGUAGAACCUGAUAACGUCCUAACUGCCUUGGAGGACUAUCCUGAUUACAAAUUGACAACAGUAUUGACAACACAUCAUCAUUGGGAUCAUGCAGGUGGAAAUACAAAAUUAUUGAAGAAACGACCUGGAUUGACAGUAUACGGUGGUUCAAAACAAGUACAAGGGGUAACAGAAGUGAUUGAAAGUGACAAGCAUUUGAUCAAAAUAGGUGAUUUGAAGAUUCAACCUUUUUUGACAAGGGGACAUACCAUGGAUCAUGUGUGUUAUUACGUACAGGAUGAAGACGAGAAAGCUGUAUUCACAGGAGAUUGCUUGUUCUCUUCUGGUUGCGGACGAUUCUUUGAAGGAACCCCUAAAGAUAUGGAUCAAGCUUUCUCAAAACUUAAAAAUUUACCGGAACAAACGAAUGUCUACUUUGGUCAUGAAUACACCGUCGCCAAUUGCAAUUUUGCUUCCAAAGUCGAACCCAACAAUUCUCAUUUACAACAAAAGCUCAACUGGGCAAAACGUGUCGGUUGCACUACUCCUUCUACUAUUUUGAAUGAAUCUUUGACGAAUCCAUUUUUGCGUGUACAUGAAUCAACGGUAAGAGAAGCUGUGAUCAAACAUCAUGAAGAUGCGGCUAAACUCACGGACAUUGAUGUUUUGGGCCGAUUACGUCAAAUGAAGGAUAAUGCUUAAAUGGGGGAUAUAUGUAGAUAUAGUUUAUGAUAUAGUAUCUAUUAUCUUCUUCAAUAAACCAAAGAUAUAUCAUCCUUUUUUUUUUUUUUUUUA